AUGCAUUGCAUUGAUCCAACCAUUCCUGUGACUCUUAUUUCCAGUAGUAAUGACUCUCGAUGGAAACCACCAGCUGUAGGUGUUAUGAAGUAUAAUAUCGAUGGUUCUUUUGAUCAUGAUUCUAAUAAGUUUGGAACUGGCAUUGUCUUACGUGAUCAUACAGGUACCUGUCUUGGAAUUAAAGGGAGCAGUGGAAAUGGAGCAUUGAAUCCAGAAGCAGUGGAAUGCAUGGAAGUUAGGGAAGCGUUAUCCUGGGCCAAAGAAAGGAAUCACCCAUCCAUCCAAAUUGAAGCAGAUGCUAAGUUAGUUAUUGACUCCAUUAAUGGGAAUGUUUUACUCAUUCAGUGGGAGAAUAAAAACCUAAUAAAAGAGAUUAAACAUCUUAUCUCUAGUUUUUACAUUUGUGAGUUUGUUUAUGUAAGUCGAGAUAAUAAUCAAGUUGUUGAUGCCGUUGCCAAGAAUGUCAGGCAUACAACUAAAACUCUUGAAAUAUUUGGAGAGUUUGAUCCUGCUAUAUGUGUUCUUCUAGAAAAAGAUCACAAUAGCAGCUAA